AUGAAAAAAAUACAAAUAAACUCAAAUAAAAUUUGGAAAAUUUACAUAUUUCAGAGAUAUUUAUUAAUAUGGAACAGGUAAAGUAUCGAAAAGGCAAAUUAAAUUAGGAACCAGAAGAAAAAUGGUAUAUGGAUUAAUAAAUGAAAUGGAGAAGCACUUGGAAAUUUAGGUGGGUACUUUUAAGAUGGGGAAAAGCAAGGUUAAUGGAAUGAGCUAAUUAAGAAUUUUCGAAGGUAUAAAUUUUGAAGACAAAUUACAAUAGUCAAGCUCAAGUAUUGGAAUGGGAAGAAUACAUGGAUAUUUAAAAAUUGGUAUAUGGGAUAUCUCUAUCAUGAAAUAAAGAUGUAAUUUAUUGAAAUUCAAAAUUAGUGGAUAUUAGGGAAUAUAAAAUUGAUAAGAAGGUUGGCAAAUGGGAUAUUUUUGUUGAGGGAAUAGAGAUAUAAUAAUAUAGAGUAAAAGAAUGUUUAGUGAUGGUGGAUUGUAUGACGAAAAAGGUGAUGGGAAAAAGAUUGGAACAUGGAUUGAGUCAAGCGAAGAACAUAGAGAAACAACAAAGGUUGUCUAAAUGA